AGUAGACGGGGAAAAUCCAGGAAAUAAAAUAGAAUCCCUUUUACCACUUCAACUUCGUCAAGAAAGAUCCAAUCUUUUCACUCCAAUCAUAUCCCACCAAGAACAACAAUUUCCUUUGCGGAUUUCCAACUCCCCAUAAUUCCACAAUAUACUCUUCCCUCCUCUGCCACUCUCUCUACAUUAUCAUAACAUAGUUAAACAUUCACCGGAUUUAAAUCUGUCUUGUCCCUUUCCUCGGAUUAAUCAGUAAUGCAAACCCGUCACAUAUAUUUUUAUUACACGUGUAUUUCUACGUUAUUAUUUUUGGCUUGAAGAUUCUAUUUCGGUUUGGUCAAUGCUCAGGACAAACCAUCACGUUGCCUGAUGGGUGGAGCAGCCCUCUUAGAUCCGCCUCCGGGGAGCAAUCCCAGAACUCCAACUGCUUGAUUCAUUUAUGGGACUUAGCCUCAGAGCACCAAGAUUUCGUGGGCCGGCGUAUUUUCGAUCCAACAAUCUGCUACCAAGAAAUCUCGUAACCAUGAGAACGAGAACGUUUUUUGGGUUUUCUCUCUCUUUAAUUAUCAUCAACAUGGCUUCGAUAAUGGAGCGGGCUGAUGAGAAUCUCCUUCCGGCUGUUUACAAAGAAGUCAGUGAAGCUUUUGCUGCCGGGCCGUCAGAUCUCGGAUACCUCACGUUCACACGGAACUUUGUGCAAGGACUGGCAUCACCGGUGGCUGGUGUAUUAGCUAUCAAUUAUGACCGCCCCAUGGUUCUUGCAAUUGGCAUUCUCUGCUGGGCCUUAUCAACGGCAGCCGUUGGAGCGAGCAAGUAUUUCUUUCAAGCCGCAUUCUGGAGAGCAAUAAAUGGCUUCGGAUUGGCAAUUGUGAUACCUGCACUUCAGUCUUUCAUUGCUGAUAGCUAUAGCGACAGCGUAAGAGGUGCUGGAUUUGGCUUCCUGAAUCUUGUUGGCACGGUGGGUGGUAUAGGAGGUGGAGCUAUUGCUACCGUUAUGGCUGGUUACACUUUCUGGGGCAUGCCUGGAUGGCGAUGUGCCUUCCUGAUGAUGGGGGGUUUGAGUUGUUUGAUUGGGUUCCUCGUUUAUCAGUUUGUUAUCGACCCUAGAAGAAUUGGCAGUUCUCAUGAUACCAGCAAGAUGUCUGAUAGGGAGAAUUUGAUAGACAGUAAAAGCUCAAGAUCUGCAACAAUAUGGGCGGAGUCAUGGAUAGCCAUGAAAACCGUGAUGAAAGUGCCAACAUUUCAGUUCAUUGUUUUACAGGGUCUUGUUGGUUCAGUGCCCUGGACAGCCAUUGUUUUCAUCACCUUGUGGUUCGAACUAAUAGGUUUCGACCAUAACAGUUCUGCAACAUUAGUCGGUCUCUUUGCUGCUGGAUGUGCUCUGGGAUCGUUUCUUGGCGGCGUAAUAGCAGAUCGGAUGUCCCACAAAUACCCCCACUCAGGACGGAUUAUGUGCGCACAGUUCAGUUCCUUUAUGGGCAUUCCAUUCUCGUUGUUCCUUAUCAAGGCUAUUCCCCAGGAAGUGAGCAGCUACUACACAUAUGCUACCACGCUAUUCCUGAUGGGUCUUACCAUCAGCUGGUGCGCUACAGCCACAAACGGCCCGAUGUUUGCUGAGGUCGUCCCUGCCAAACACCGCACCAUGAUCUAUGCAUUUGACCGCGCCUUUGAAGUGUCGUUUUCCUCAUUCGCUGCUCCCAUUGUGGGAAUUCUUGCAGAAAAGGUCUACGGUUACAACCCAAAGACUGUGGAUCCAAUUUUAGGGUCGACAAGGGAGGCGUACGCGUUGUCGAGAGGGCUUCUGUCGAUGAUGGUAGUACCGUUUGGUUUGUGUUGCCUGUUCUACACUCCUUUGUACUGGACAUUUAAGCAGGACAGGGAGACCGCUAGAGUAGCUAGUCUCAAGGAAACCGAGAUGCUAUGAAUCGUUCUUGCUUUUCAGUAGCACACCUUUUCGUUUACGUCGGAGAAUUUUUGCCAUCUCCAGAGGGAUGCAAUAGUAACAAUUCUUGACCUGUUUCCACGGACAACCUUUUUAAGCUGAAGUAGAGUUGAUUAAAUUCACUGUCUGAUUAGUUUACAUAUGUGCAUCUUCUCCAUGAA